AUGCGAUCGUCCUCCAGCUUGUAUUCUGUGCUUGCCGCUGGCUUCCUGGCAAGCGGCGCGUUCGCAGAUUCUCUGGCAAGCAUCAAUCAUGUUGUUCUAUUCAUGCAGGAGAAUCGAGCCUUCGAUCAUUACUUUGGAACCAUGGCUGGUGUUCGAGGCUUCUCCGAUCCCAACGUCCAGAUCAACCCCGAUGGCAAGUCUGUGUUCUAUCAGAAAUUGAACAAAACCCUGUCCACAAAGUCUGACGACCUACUCCCGUUCUACUUGAACGCAUUGGGUGGCCACUGGUUAAACGCUACCCAAUGCAUGGACGCAGGAUCCAAUGGGUAUGAGGAAAACCACUUAGCCUACAAUUUCGGUCUCAACGAUCAUUGGGCCCUCAAUAACACGCCGUGGAGCUGGGGCUACUACAAAAAGAGUGAUCUUCCUGUUCAAUUUGCCCUCGCUGAAGGAUGGACGAUUGGUGACAUGUACCAAGAAAGCGUGAUAGCCUCAACCAACCCGAAUCGUGUGACCUGGAUCAGUGGAUCCAUUGCGGUUCCCGGAUCGCCGCAGACGGCCAACGAAGGCGGUGUGUACAUCGACAACAAUGAAGUGCCCGGUUGUGAAGCACCGGGACUGAACUGCUAUCCGCUGUCUUGGACCACCACACCCGAGAUUUACCAGAAAGCUGGUGUCACCUGGCAAGUCUAUCAAGAUCUCGAUAAUUUCGAUGACAAUCCUCUUGCUUGGUUUAAACAAUACCAAAAUGCGAAGAACGGCACUGUUCUCCACAAGCGCGGAAUGUCCUAUAUUGGUCUGGAUGCUUUCUACGAACAGGCUGCGAAUGGCACUCUGCCAAUGAUUUCCUACAUUAUUGGUCCCACUGAACUCUCGGAGCACCCGCCUUAUUCUCCUCACGACGGUGCAUGGCUCCAACAGCAAGUGGUCAACGCCGUGACACAGGGUAAGAACUGGAACAGCACCGCUUUGAUCAUCAGCUACGAUGAGACUGGCGGCUGGGGCGACCACGUUCUUCCUUACCAUGCACCCAACGGAACAGCGGGCGAAUGGUUCGAAGACCCGUACGAUAUGUUCGGCUACACUUUUUCAGGGCCUGGCUUCCGUCUUCCCUUCUAUAUCAUCUCACCGUGGACGCGCGGUGGUAACGUCUUCACUGAGAAAUGUGACCACAACUCCCAGAUCAUGUUCCUGGAAAAAUGGCUGGCUGCCAAGGGCUAUAACAACGUAGUAACAAACCAAAUGCCCGCCUGGCGUCGGGCCCAUAUGUCCGACUUGACGGCGGCAUUCGAUUUCACCACCCCGAACACGUCGAUCCCCACGAUCCCCCUUGCAAAGGUGCCGCACAAGGAUAGUAAGGGAGUUUGGGACGGUUCAUCCUACUGCGAGUCGCAGUAUGCCGUCCAGCGACCCCCUGUGCCUUACGGCAACCAAACCGAAGAAACCUCUCUGGUAUCUGAAAUGGGGUUCAAAUCAGUGCGCGGUUAUCUGACAGAGGGCCGGUAUCUAACCUUCGAGUCGUCGGGCUACGCACUUUCCAACCCAGGCGGCCAAGCCACGCAAUUCACUGCGACAAAAGCGACAGCGUCUCAUUCCACUCUAGCUCAACGCUGGGUAAUCCACGAGACAGCCACGGAUAGCAGGCUAUACACCAUCAGCAGCGCAGUGGAUGGACGGUACAUGGGCGCGAACAUGGAGUUGGUGAACAAGACCAUGGCUGUGGUGCACAGUAUCCCUUACCUUGGCGGUGGACGCGGAUACAACUUGGUGGACAGCCACGGGGAGCACCUGACGAUUGACGCCAUGGGCAAGCUAGCGGUGGGCUCAUCUCGGGCGUCCUUCUCAAUUUACAGCGUCACUUAG